AGUAAAGACUGCGUGCAAAUUUUCGAGGUAGGAUUCGAUAUGGCUGGUCCAAAGUCUUCUCUGACUUUUUCCUCGCUCCAAAAAUACACGCGGAAACGACAGCUGUAUGCAAAAAACGGAUUUUACAUCGCGAUUAACGCAACUGGCGAGGUGACAGGCACUAGCGACGAAAGCUGUUUAAACGCGGUUUUGCAGUUUCUCUCUAUUGGACCUGACCUCAUCGCCAUCUGGGGACUGAAGGCUAAAAAAUAUCUGGCAGUAGACAACAAAGGGAAAAUCUUUGCUACGGAAGCUGAGAGAAAAGAAUGCGUAUUUCGAGAGUUCUUUGGAAAAAACUUUUACAAUAUUUUUCGCACGUGUCACUCAGACGCAGACGGUAAGGGUUGGUACCUAUCCGUGGACGAGAAUGGCAGAAUAACCGCUGAGAAAGUUUCUUACAGUGAUGAGCCGAGACUUCAUUUUAUCGUUAAAACACUCAAGGAUCAAGAAGAGAAUGAAGUUAAGGAAAAAGAUCCUGCUGACACGUUGAAAAGCCAAAAUAGCAACAAGAGAUGUGAUAAGAAAACUGCUAAGGACUUUGGGCUUCCCUCCUCAGAAAUCGUGUGGAUCAUGCAGCAACCUUACCAUUUUGAGGGUAGCAUGUCAAGCACGCCCAGUCCCCCAAGCUCUUCGUGUGUUUCUGGCAGUUCGGCUUCCACUGGAGAAUGGACUGGAUCGGGCGAAUACUCCACCUCGGUAUGAUUAGUGGUGACGAGAAGUACAGCUCGUUUCAUAAUCGAGUAGGAGAAAAUUUAACUGAGUGGUUAAAUGACAGUGUGGCUGAGCUUUGAAUGGGGGAAUUGACCUCACGAAACACUAGUAUUUCACUCAGAAAAUGUUAUGUACGAAUGGGGCUUAUUUUAUAUACCCUGGAACAGGGAAAACUUAGAACUGGACAGAAAAAAUGUCAUCUUAUGAUCACGUUGCACAGGAACCCCAUGUAACUUUAUUGAAUUAGCUCUUUCGUUUUCAAACCCCCAGUUAUUCUGAUAAUCAUCAAAAUGUUGAAUGAAAGAAAGUCCUUGCUAGUCUUAAUAUAAGAACUUGACUACGUCAAAAAAGUAAAUUAUUACUCCGUUUUCUUCCGUUAUAUCACCGAGUUAUAUUUCGAAAGUUUUAUCGUUCUAAUAAGGGCGGAGAAAGGUAAUGACAAAACAGUUUUCCUUAACUAAUAUGGAGGAUUGAUUUCUUUGCUUAGAUCGCUCAGUUUCUAACAUACUUUAGUCUGCUAACAGAAGCUUUGAAGCAGAAACUUAUCACUGGGCAAUAAUUGAUGAAUUGGUAGCCUGAUAAAUAUUUAUAUAGUGUAUUUAAGAAUCUUUGAAUUAUUUGAACAGUCGACGGUAUUCAGAUAUGUAUAUUUUUAGCUCUAAAAUCAGAAGGAAUGUUUUAAUCCUUGUG